UUGUUGCGUGAGUCAGAGGUACAUAAUGGUAUAUAAAAUAUUGUUGACGAGCCUAGAGUACCUCGGAAACGUCACAGUCACCCAUCAGACUAGUACAUAGAUGUACUUAAACAGUUUUUAAAAAUUGUGUUAAUGUGAAAUAUUGGGGUUUAAAGACGAUGAACAGGAGAUUGUUAGGUGUGGUGGCGGUGGUAGUAUUGGUGAUAGUGGUUAUCUUAGCCAUUUCACUACCUCUUGCGCUGAGAAAAGACAACCCCUCACCAAACAAUCCAAGUCCUCUUUCAUCAUGUCCAUCUGGGUACACCGGGCGGUUUUGUGAAGAACCUGUCUGCAUUUCCAUGUGCCACCAAGGAGAGUGCGUGAGUCCAAAUAAGUGCAGCUGCGAUUCUGGGUGGACCGGUAACGCCUGCGACAAGGCAAUUUGUGAGAUGCCUUGCACAAGCCACGGUAAUUGCACGGCUCCCAAUACGUGCUCCUGUGAGGAUGGAUGGCAAGGAAUGACAUGUGAAAUGCCCUUUGCGCCAGGAUUUACUCCCAGCAUGAGUUACGUCUAUAACGUUUCUAUUUCGUAUACGAUGGAGUGUGACAUUAUGAUGAAUACGGAUUCUUCUAUUCCAAACGGUCUAGACAUUCAGAAUUUUCUUUCCAAUGUUAACAUAACCUUUUCCGUUUCUACGAUCCAAAUAAAGUCAAAUAGUUCCAUUUCGAUGUUAAAAAUUCUGAACGCAACGUGUUUUUCAGAUUUAGGCAAACAGAUUAAGGAAACUUGCAAUCAAGAAUCCGCAUACAAUUUAUUGCAAACAAAAGUUGUGUUUUCUCAAAACCUAAAAACGGGGAAAAUUGAGAAUAUCUAUUACAAUUCUUCUACUGAAGUGGAAGCUAACUUUAUAGCACGCUUACUUCGCUUUAUAGACUGUAAAACAGCUCCAUCUACUGAGAAGACUGAAGAGGUGUCCACUGUUAAUGGUCGACAACUGAUCUUACUUCGUCAUCGGUCAAAAUCUCAAUCUGGCAUGCAAUGUUUUAAUUUCAAAAGAAUGAUCAAAGAUAAAGAUAUGGUGGUUACUGACCAAGAAGAAAAGAAAGUUUGUAUGGGAGAAUCUGGAGCCCCAGAAAUAAUCACGAUGUCAGAGGCCUUUAAUAUUGGCAAAGACAUGAAAUUAGAGAAAAGUUUAGCAAAUGAGGAUGAAAUGAAUGCGUCACCAUUGCCGUCUUUUAAAGGACGUGUGACUGCUGUGGGUUCUCUGCAUUCCAUGGGUAGAAUGACAGAUGAUGAUAUCGAAGAGGAAUUAAAAAAUGUUUAUAUUGCAUCAACAGCUGAUAACAUGUUUUCUACAGUAGACGAAUUCGCACUGAAGGAUGUCUCUACUCAUGAAGAAUAUAAAGACAGCAAUAUAUUGCCAGAUAUCGAACGCAUCCUUCGUCACCCAUCCCCAGACCGUCGACUCUCUCUUGGCCUUGACCUGGUGAAAAAAAGCAAAUCUGUGAUCUCUGUCAUCAGAAAGAUGCUUUUUUCGAACAUCAUUCCAGAUACAGAGUCAAGAUCACUGCUUGUAGCGAUUCUCGGAUCCUCGCAGACUACUGUUGGCCAGAAAACCCUGUUGCAGAUGCUGGAUGCCAAAGAGAGAGUAAAAGGUGACCAUUAUCUUGCUCUUGGUUCUGUGGCACAAUUGGCAAAUCCCACUGACGACAUAGUUUCCGUAAUUAGUAGGUUUCUAAUGCACUCUAAGGACACCGAUGUGAAGAUCCGUUCUGCUUUAGUUCUUGGCGUAUUAGGGAGCAAAGGAUUUCAACACAGAGUUGUUCCAAUCCUUACUAAUGCAUUACUUAAUAAUGAUGUCCCCCACGAAGAAAAGUGUUCGUUGAUAUCAGCUUUAGGAAAUACUCAUUCCGAAAAUGCACAUCAAACUUUGUCAAAAUUUGUGAACGGUAAAGAAACUCUUUAUGAAAUUCUAAGCGUCAGAGCUCUUAAAAAUAUCCCAGGACGAAAAAGUUACCAACUUGUAUUAGACACACUCUUGCAAACAAGAAAUAAGAAAAUGGUUAUACAGUGUUUAAAGACAUUAGAAUACAAAGGAAAAUGGAUCAGUACGAAUGACUCAAAUUCAAUUCAACAUAUAGCUCAUGAAACAAAAGACAUUGACAUUCUUAGCGCCAUGAGAAUUAUGUUUCUACAACUGAAUGAAAAAUGCACAGGGGAACAAAAGCAAGAUUUUCAAGCAAAAGCAAUGCAAAUCAAUAAAAUCAUUGUAGAACUUAAGAGUUUUGAUAUGAAAACAUUCGAAGUAAAACAAGAGACACAAAACUUUGGUGUAUAUUUCCAGAUGUCGGUAGACUCUCAGAUACGAGGCUCGGAGUUCGAUUUCAAUGCCGAUGCAAAUCUUGACGUAAAAGUAUUUGGUAGACGUGUGAAUGUUCUAACAGCUGGAUCCGCUAAUGGUCUGGUUGAUACAGACAUGUUCAUGUCGUCAGUAUUUAUGACCUUAAAAUUAUUCGGAAGAGAAUUCGAUUUAUUCAUGAAGUCUUGGAAAUUUGAAUUAAAUCUAGGCCUCGCAGCAGGGAAUCCAUGCCUGGCGAAGAACGGAGUCAUUAGGCAUACUCUUUCUGAACACUUUAAGUUCGACGAGUACGAUUUUAAAUAUGGUAUCUUCAAUUUCGCGUCUGUUACUUUGAAAGUAGGACUAAGUGGGCGUGUUUCAUUUGGAUAUGGAUUCAACAUUAUUGGAAAUGAUGGCGACAUGUUACCCCAGCAGCUAAAUGUCAUUGCGAGACCGGAAGCAAACGCGACGGUGACUCUGGACACUAAUGUCAAUGCCCCUCUAGUGAAAGUCGGGGUACGAGGAGAAUUGUCAGUGAUAUCAGGAAACGUUCAAACAAAUAUUGCCGUAAACUUACAAAACAGAACAUUUUGCCAUUUCAUCGAUGUAGAUGCACACUUCUUAAAAGGUUCAUUGUACGUCACCGGACACGUGGGAUUUUCUUUCUUUAAAAGGAAUUUCAACGUAAAAAUAUUUAGCUGGCGAGGAAGAAAGAUUUCAAAAACUAUAUCUGAAUCGUAUUGUUGUCCGGACGCUUUCCAGCUGUCCACUAGUAGGACGAGCAUUCAGAGUUAUGACACGUUUUAUUCAUUAACAAAUUCUAGUAUGGAGUCUUACCAGAGAAAGAUGUCCGAUGCUUUAUCGGUACUUAAUUCAAUAAAUACUUGCUCCAAUACGGUUAAAAGAAACCGAUGUCCAGUAAGACUGGUAAGAGAUUUACUGCGUCGACGACUUCACGUUUUCGACCUUAUGAUGUUGAGGAAAUUAAUGUCGGAAAACCACUUUUUAUCUAUUAGACAUAUAAAACCUCUCCUGGUCACUAUUACCGGAGAUUUGUAUGGAGUGAAUAAGAUCGGUGAUGUGGUUCAUAUAUCUGUAUAUGGCCUGGUUACAAAAGUGAGGUUGUCUUUUGCAAAUCUAUUAGCUAACCUUGCGUACACACCAGAAAUAGGUUAUACUCCUGUACAAAUGGCAGAUGAGCGAGCUUUGCAUCAACAUCCGGGUAGAUCCUUGAUACAAUCCACCAAUAAAGUACUUGAUUUCAGGCCAUACUGCUCCCGAAUGAUGGCAGUCUGCGAGAAUAUAAAAAUGGGGAAAAUGUAUCAUGGUGAAACGAUGGUUUUUACCGAAAACAAGAAACUGGAAGCUAUCAACGACAAAGAAGCUUGCUCAGCAUAUGUAAAGUCAAAUGGAGUACGAUUUCCACUCUACUGUGAAGCAUAUCCAUUCUCCUUCACGUUACAGGGUGGAGCUGGGGCAACGGUGAUGUCGGUAAAUCAAAUGGAACGGAAUGUCAAAAUGGAGGCCAUGAAUGCUUUUAUUAGAUCUUCAAACCUCAAGGGUGGCGACAGUUUCAUUGUAUUGGUUUGACCUUAAGAAGAGAAAACUUAGACAGUCAUUAUUCUUGUUGUUUGUAUUCCGUUUUGUUUUGUCAAAUAAAAUGUCCCAAUUUACGUUCAUUGUAAAUCAUGAGAAAAGAGUCUUUUGUUCAUGUAACAAGAUGCAGGAAUAGUGUUUCAUAAUACAAACAUGGGAAAUUUUUAGUAUUGUUCAUGCUGUAAGCAGGUUAAUAAAUGAAUUAAUUAAUAAUUUUAUAAAAUGUCAGUAUAUUGAAUAAAUUAAAUGCCUUUCCACA